AUGUCACCUCAAAUCUGGAUAUUCCUAGGCAGUGGCUUACGGCAUACUUAUAGGAUUUACGAUUCUACCAACACAACUGGCGCGAGCAUGCACGAUCCGGGUGCAGCUCAUUCAGGAGGCUCUUGCCAGGCAUCUUUUUCGUAUGAUAAUGGAGAAACCUGGAUUGUUGUUCAAAGCUGGGAAGGAAACUGCUUGCGCGUACGUAAGGGCCAAGAAGGGCAACUUACAAAUUCCUACGACAUGGAUCAAAGCUACUCUUUCGACAUUCCUACUUCCUUGCCAGGGGCAGAUGUGGUUAUCUUUGCAUGGACUUGGCUAAAUUCAUCUGGUAAUCGAGAGUUCUAUAUGUCAUGCUCGCCUGUUCAGUUGAUAGCAGCAAAAUCCUUGACCAAGAUUCCAUCUGGCUAUCCUAUGUAUAUUGCCAACCUUCAGGAAAAUCCAGAAACACCAGAUUCACAGCAUCCAAUCUGGUCUCGAUGCUAUGUUCCGCAAAACGUGUGGAUUCGCUACCCUCCACGUUACAAAGGCAUUAAUCCACCAAUCGUAGCCGAUCUGCUUCCAGAUAACAGCCAAAUCCGCUAUCUAGACCUUGGAGACGAUGGAGGAUUAUGCGGCUCAGACAAUAAAGAAAGGGUUAGAGCUCUUGCACUCCAAUCUAAUUAG